AGAGACGUUAUCAUCACAUCCAAACGCAUACUUAACUUAACUUAUCAUUUAGGUGACAUUAAUGUAACAUAUUGUUUGAAUAGAAAGAGCAUGGAAAUGAGAAAGAAGCUUAAAUAAUGCCAUGUCGUUUCAGUAUACUUCAGUCGAUCGACUAAUUUACGUUACUUUUUACCUGAUGGUAAAGCAACAGAGCUGAGGUUUGUCGAAAUGUUUUGUUAGCAAAGGUUAACGGGUGUUAUACAAGUAAAGGUUUUAUUUGCAGCCGAUGAUCAUAUUGUUUAGAAGUUAGACUACACUGUGAAGCUGUCGGCGCCGUUAUUUGUUAUUGUUGGUUAGCGUUAGCGGCUGUGUAACGAUAACGUUACUCAUAGCCUACUUGCAACGUGUUUUGCUGGUACUUUUCGCUUCCCAGCCGAUAUAAGGGUUAGUCGCUGGAUAAAAAACAUCAGGGUCGGGAGCACUUUAAACAGAGCUGUCGAGUGGAGCAGCCCUCCUGGUCUUCUGGGACUUCGUCUGUGUCGCCACCCUCUGAGCUCGGCCUCCCACAUCACAUCACACCAGAGAAAAUGCACCUGAACGAGAUGGGUGCAGAGAUAAAUCACCACGAAGAAGACAAACCGGAAACACAGGACCGGGAUCACGUAACAGAACGCACAGAGGAAACCUUAAUACCACCAGAACCUGAACACGGCAGCUCCCAUGAACAGCCUCAGGAAAAGCCGUCUGAGGGGCAAUGCCAGGAGCGUCGCAGACUCAAGAAGUAUGACUGUCCGACCUGCGGGAGAGCUUUCUCCGACAACACCGCUCUGAAACGACACCUCGUCAUUCACGCUGGGAAAAGACCUUACAAGUGCUUCAUAUGUGGGAGAGGAUUCACGCAGAGUGGAAACCUCAAAACGCACAUGAAAGUUCACAGAGGAGAGCUACCAAAUUGGACAUUAGUCCAAGAGAGUCGCCCAAAACAAUCUCAUGUAACAGUUUAUGUAUGUGGAGAGUGUGGCAUGGACUUCCCUCAGAGGCAACAGCUGGAGGAACACCGCCAGAGUCACAAAAAGCCUUACGCAUGUCCCGACUGUAGCAAGACAUUCAAAACUGAAUAUUACUUCAAAAUACAUAUGCGCGUUCACUCAGGAGAUUCACCUUUCCAAUGUUCAGAGUGUGGAAAGUUUUGUGCCACAGCGGAUUCUCUGAAAAAACACCAAGUGACGCACACUGGGGAGAAGAAUUUCCACUGUGAUCAGUGUGGGAAGGCUUUUUCACAAUCCUCCCACCUCAAGGUACACAUCAAGACCCACACAGGAGAGCGGCCUCACCUCUGCUCAAUCUGCGGGAAAAGUUACUCCAAAGCGUCUGUUCUGAAAGUUCACUUGAGAGUUCACACCGGAGAGAAACCGUAUACUUGUGACAAAUGUGGUAAGUGCUUCUAUUACACGCAAGGUUAUCGAGCGCAUCUGAAGAUUCAUGACAAGAAGCCGAAACCUCAAACAAAACCAUUGGGGAGACCAAAACAAGAAGCCGUUGGAGGCAAGUAAUCAAUAAUGAUGACCGGGAAUUCAUAAUAAAAUAGUCUGAGAAGAUAACAAAGGAAAAAAUGAAUGUAUAUUACAAUGUGGAAUAAAAUAACUUUCAACUAAUUGAAGUGAUGAUUACUAAUCACAUGUACAUGUACAUGUAUGCGCUAUACAGCAUUCAAUAAAGUCAUGAC